AUGGGAACUUCCCUGACCGUGCUCCCAUUCUCUGGCCUCGUCAACUGCACCAAGUCUGGCGUUCCGCGACUUUAUAUCAAUCGGGAGUACUCAGAGGGUUCAAGCUCCGGUUUUCUUUCUUUCGUCCUGACCUGGCUGGUCGCUGGUUUCAAACGAAAGCCGCUGAAAUGGGGCCAACCUGGCAAUAAGACGGACGUCUUUGUGAAGAGCGACGCUGACAGUGCUGCCUUGCAGCUGGCGGAACUGCUGGGCUGGAAGGACGACCUUCUAAAAAUGCAGAAGACCAGGAACGAUGAGCUGGAGGAGCAAUUCGAGAAAGAGCGUGCCAAGAGUACGGGUUAA